GUUUCUCUUAUUUAAAAGGUGAGAAGUGUUGUAUCAUCUUUCAAAUUUCUUUCUCAAUUUGAUGCGAUUAUGUCAGAGAUUAAAGAUGAUCCACGAGAAGUUCUCGUUCUUUUGAAUUCAUUAGGAUUCGUCGGCAUCACUGCGAUUCAGCUAAAAGCUUUUAUGAAAGAUUUGAAAAUAUAUAGAAAGAUAAGAGAACGUGAAAGGCAGCAACAAAAAGAUGAAAUUAAAACGAAAAUAAUUAACAAACAACAGACUCUGCUCAGGGAAGCUUAUAGACAUCACAACAUAGCAAAUUAUUCCUUGAGCAAUAUCAUUCCUUCUGAAUCUUCAAAUUCGCUUGAUGAUGAAUCAGUGGUAAAAGUUCGAAUAAGAUGUAUCUCUAAGGAGGAAGAUGUACAAAAACAAAGAUGCUCCAAAACAAACGUGAUAAAAUCAGAUGAGAAAUUAUCACAAACAAAAUGCAACAAGCCAGAUGCUAUUGAAGUAGCUGAAUCUAAUAGGAUUUAUUGUGAACAAAAUUAUUUUAAUACUAAAUCUUAUCCAGUUAUUACAAGCUCAAAAAGUGAAAUUAAACAAAUUUCUAAAUGUUUAACAAAAAAUAGUCAUUUGGCAGAAAGAUGUAAGCAAAAUUUAAAAAUAAACGAACAGAUGAAACCAACGACUUCGAUACAUCCAUCAAGUGCGCCGGUUUUAUCAAAUUAUAUAAGUCAAUCGGAAUCAAAGAGCGUUACAUCUGAUCCGACUGGAAAUAUUCGUACACAAAGUGCCUUAUCUGCAAAAUCGAGCUAUUUGUAUACAGUUAUUCGACCAUGGAGAUUACAAUCGGAGAUACAGAAAAAUAUUAACAAGAAGUGUGACCCUGUUGCUCUUUAUCAGAAGUAUCAAGAGGAAUGGAAGCGGAUAUCUUUUCCUGGAGAAGCAAAGCAUUCAAAAGUAAGAUGGGCUGUACGAGAAAAGAUGCUUGGUACAGAUCCACAUCCUAUGCCACUUUCAAAAAAGUCGAUGAUACAUACGCCGAUAUUAAAGAGGAAAUGACAGAUGUAAUAACAAAUUGUCUUAAGAGAAGGAAGGAUACAUCUAUAGAAGAAAAUGAAUUACACUUAUAGAAA